CAGUCUCCUCCUCUUUGGUGUGAAUGGAUCUCAGUAAAAAAAAGAAACGUUCGAUGCCGUCUAGAUGGAGUCCUGUUCACUUGCUGAGUGUCAAAAUGUGGACGGCGCUUCAUCUUCUGAUUCUACUGAUCCCAUACGGAGGAUGUGUUGGUGGUCCGGACUUUACGACAAAGACGUUUGCAGUUGGACAGAAUGUCUCGCUGAAUUGUAUCUAUAAAGUGCAAACGUUUAAUCUUGUUUGGAUCAGACUUGUUUCUGGCACUUUUCCUGAAGUUUUAUUUGGAUCGUUAUCUACAUCUAAAGAUGAGCCAUCAAAACGUGGACGUCUCACCGCCAAAAAAGAGUCUGGAAAGUUUGUUCUGCAAAUUAGCAAAGUGCAGAAAAGUGAUAUUGCAAUAUACUACUGCUUGACAGCGGAUUAUUACACAUUGAAGUUUUUGAGUGGAACAUUUCUUCAGGUCAGAGAUAAUGAGACUGACAUUCAAAACUUGGGGUCUGAUGAGAGCCGACCAGGACCGUCCAAGAGCUCACAGUGCUCCGUCCUCCAUCCCGUCCGUGGCAAUGAAAGUUGUACAGAUGGACACAAAGUUUAUUGGUUCAGUUCUGGAACUAACGGCGUACUUGCCAGCUUCAUUUAUGCUCAUGAGCAGUGUGAAAAGGUCGACACGAUGCAGAAAUGCGUUUACGCCGUUUCGAAAAACGUCAGCUCUUCUGAUGCCCGAACGGACUUUUGUGCUGUGGCCACCUGUGGAGAGAUUUUUAUAGGAAAGGCAACAAAUAAAGCUCAAAAUGCCAGCGGGCGUGAUACAUGUCAGUAUGUUGUCUACGUCUUGGGUGCUGCUUUGGUCUUAAGCGUCAUCUUUUUAGCCAUCCUCAUCGAAAAGAGAAUGACACAAAAAUGCUUUGGUUGCAGAGCUUGUUCGCAAACCCAUGAAGAAACGUCCAGUCAUGUGAAGCAAGUAAGUAGAAAAAAAGAAUUCAGCAGGUUCUCAUCUUCUUUUCAUGGCACAUGCGUCUUGUUUUCUCAGAGAGACGAGGACUCCUUGGUUUAUUCCGUGCCGAAAAUCAUCACCAGGAAAAGCGGUAAAGCGAGCCAGAGGAAUGCGAGAACCCCAGAGGAAUUUUGUGUAUAUUCCGGUGUCCAUUUGUACCCAAAUGAUCACGCUGUUGAAUAAAUUUGCAAAAUUACUCAAGAAAGAAGAACUACCACGAUUGUUUUAAAAUAUUCAAAUGAAUAAAGAUGUGUAUUUACAGGC